AUGUUCUGCGCCGGGAACGAUCAAGAUACUCCCGUCGAAGAGUACCAAACAGUGUGCCGCCGGGACUCGGGCAGCCAAAUGGUCUUCCCGUCGCACCCAUCGCUGGAGAGCCGCUGGUCGGUGGAGGGCAUCGUGAGCCACUUCUUAAGCAAGGAGGAAUGCUCGGCGAGGCAACCCGGCCAAUACAGCGUAUUCACCCGGGUCAAUCGGAAAUCGCACCAUCCUCUAUUAGCCGAGCCAGACCUUUCCGGAGACUUCUUGGACUGGGUCGCCUACCAGGACCGACAUUGUCGACCUCGGGAGACCGACAUUGUCGACCUCGGGAGACCGACAUUGUCGACCUCGGGAGACCGACAUUGUCGACCUCGGGAGACCGACAUUGACAACAGAAAAAAAGAGACGAACAAGCGGAAUGCCCGAGGUGGAAUUGCGUCCUGCCUCCCACCUGCUUUCCUCCCUACCUCCCUUAAACCGCAGCAGCGGAUGAUGAGCUCCUGGCUCUCACGUGUCCACUGCGCUCGGUCCACUGUGCCCGUCCACUGUGCCGGAUUCCGCGGGGCCAAAAUCCGAUCUUCCUUCUGUGACGGACGUCAAAAGAGGAUUUCGGUCGCAAGAAUGAGGUCGCAUCUUUGGGAAUCGAAAUGUUCGGUCGGCCUCAAUAUCUUCCGUCACAGAAGAGUGAGGUUUGAGAUCUUCGGAAGUCAUUGCUCGAGGUGGCUUUUCCUGGCGAUGGUGGCACUGACUUCAGCCGUGUACUUCGUCAUCGCGUCGAGGGAGAGAUUCCCCUCCGUGCCGACAUCCAACAUCGUGCAGGGAAGGUCGACUCCGCUCGUUCUCCCCCGAGAGGGAUGGCAGCGGGUGUGGGGCUUGCCCUACCGAAUGCACGUGUUCUCGGCCUUCUACCAGGUCGAGGGGAGGGCGGAGGGGAAGGCCGAGGGGAGGGCGGAGGUCAAGGUCGUCGGACUCGUGAAGAACCCGGAGACUCCGGAGCUGGAAUGCCUCUUUGCCUUCGAGGACGGCACCAGCGGCCAGGUCAAGGCCGACAUUCGGCUCAAAAUCGAUCCCCCCCGGGCCUUCACCACUUGUUUCGUCACCUGUCCCGUCGACCAUAAGGUGAAAAAGAUCCCUCGGUGGGUCUCAAUAAUCAAGCCAAACUCCCCCAUAGGCAAUAGCCUUGAAGUCUGGAGGAACUCUCUCGAGAAACCGCAACAGUCGAUGGGGCUGUGCGUGAGACCAUUACUCAACGGAUUUGAUGAUUACGAGAUUUUCCUCGAGUUUUUAGAAUUUUAUGGACUGAUGGGUGUGAGUGAGUUUCGCUUUUACGUUUAUUCCGUGGGACGCCGGAUGAACUGUCUCCUGCAAUCGUACCAGAAAGAAGGAAUCGCCACGGUCGUGCAAUGGAACAUGCCUUACGAGGAGUCCGAGACUUUUUCAGGCGCCCAGGUCGCGGCAUCGAACGACUGCGUCUAUUCCUUCAGGGGCGUGCACAAAUACGGGAUCAUCGUCGACGUCGACGAAUUCCUCGUGCCGAGAGUCCACGAAAGCCUGUGGGACCUGAUGGAGGACGAGACGAAGAUCCACCCCGAGGCCGGUGCCAUGCUGUUCCACAAUACAUUUUUCUACCGGAUGCAGAACGACUCUUCGAACGCCGCGUCGGACGACCCGUUGGUUCUUCGCAAGACGACGAGGACGAAGGCAAUACUCGGUGGUAUUAAUCGCGCGAAAUACAUUUUCGUACCAGAACGAAUCCUCGUGAGCGACAUUCAUCACAUCCACGAAUUCGUCCAGAAUUUCUCGCUGGUGGAGGUCGAUCACGAGGUCGGCCUCCUUCACCAUUACCGCGGGCCGUGCGUCGACGAGAAUUGCUUGAGUCUUCCCAGUGUGAAUGACGAGAGCAUCCUUCGCUUCCGGGAGGCGUACCUCCCCAGAUUUCGGGAGGCCAAGGAGAAGUGGUUCCAUCCGUGCCUGAUUUAG